GAGAAAGGAGGAGGGAAAUGGGAAAAGAGAAAGUAAGGAGCUGGAGCAAGAGCGAGAGAGCAAGAAAGAGAGGAGAGGAGGGGGCAAGCAGCCCCUUUGAUGGUGAGUCAGGCACACCUGGCUGUUGCCAGGUAACCGUGGGGCGGAGCCUAGCUAAGUGCACACCCCCUUUCCCCUACCUCAGAAUGAAAGAGAAGGAAAGGAUGGUGAGGGAAGAGUGCUUGUUAACGUGUAAAAACUCCACUCCACUCCAGAGACUGUCAACAGUUACACAAUAGGCAGAAGAAAAUCCCACAAUUGAGCCCACAGACACGUUGGGAAAAUACUGAAGGAAUGUUGACUUCAAAACCAAUAGAGCUUCUAAGAAGGGCACACGUAGGGCUCAUGAAAUUUGGCUUGGAGGUGGGCAGUCCUUGGCAAGUACAGUUUCACUCCGUGUGUGGGAAGGAUGGGUGCCUGCAUCCUGCGAACUCGAGAUGAACUGAGAGAUUCAGACUGAGAAAAAUAAACCAGAAACCAUUCCAACAAGAGUAGAUCACCAGAGAUUAAGAGUAAGAUCACAUUUUCCUUACAUCAUAAUAGUAGGCAAGGUCUGCGCAUGCUCACGUGUUGAGUGGGAAGAUGCCGCAACCACAGAAAACCAAAGUGUUCACGGAGGGGCUAAGUUCCAACUGCUAUACUGAUUUAGGAUAGACUUGGUGGCUCAAUUCAACAAAUGUUUAUUUCUCCCAACUCUUGAGGAUAGAAAAAUCCAAAGAUCCAGGACUUGGGACCUCAGUAUGAACAACAUCAGUCAGCUACCUGCCAGUCUCCUGCAUCGCCUCCGCUUCCUAGAAGAGUUGCGUCUUGCUGGAAAUGCUUUGACACACAUUCCCAAGGGAGCAUUCGCAGGCCUUCACAGUCUCAAAGUUCUCAUGCUGCAGAAUAACCAGCUGAGACAGGUUCCGGAGGAAGCGCUACAGAACCUGAGAAGCCUUCAGUCCCUGCGCUUGGAUGCCAACCACAUCAGCUACGUGCCACCCAGCUGUUUCAGUGGUCUGCACUCCCUGAGGCACCUGUGGCUAGAUGACAACGCUCUCACAGAUGUCCCUGUCCAGGCUUUCAGAAGUUUAUCAGCCCUGCAAGCCAUGACCUUGGCCCUGAACAAAAUACACCACAUAGCAGACCAUGCCUUUGGAAACCUCUCCAGCCUCGUGGUUCUGCAUCUCCAUAAUAAUAGAAUCCACUCCCUGGGAAAGAAAUGCUUUGAUGGACUCCACAGCCUGGAGACUUUAGAUUUAAAUUAUAAUAACCUUGACGAAUUCCCCACUGCAAUCAAGACACUCUCCAACCUCAAGGAACUAGGAUUCCACAGCAACAAUAUCAGAUCAAUACCAGAGCGAGCAUUCGUAGGCAACCCUUCUCUUAUCACAAUACAUUUCUAUGACAAUCCCAUCCAGUUUGUUGGAAUCUCUGCUUUUCAACACUUGCCUGAACUAAGAACGCUGACUUUGAAUGGUGCCUCGCAAAUUACUGAAUUCCCUGACUUAACGGGGACCGCAACCCUGGAGAGCCUGACUUUAACUGGAGCAAAGAUCUCGUCUCUUCCCCAAACCGUCUGUGAUCAGUUACCUAAUCUCCAAGUGCUAGAUUUGUCUUACAACCUGCUCGAAGACUUACCCAGUUUGUCGGGCUGCCAAAAGCUUCAGAAAAUUGACCUGCGGCAUAAUGAAAUCUAUGAAAUUAAAGGUGGCACUUUUCAGCAGUUGUUCAACCUCCGAUCUCUGAACUUAGCCCGGAAUAAAAUUGCCAUUAUUCACCCCAACGCUUUCUCUACGUUGCCGUCUCUAAUAAAGCUGGACCUAUCAUCCAACCUCCUUUCGUCUUUCCCUGUGACUGGGUUACACGGUUUAACUCACUUAAAAUUAACGGGGAACCGCGCCUUGCAGAGCCUGAUACCAUCUGCAAACUUCCCGGAGCUCAAGAUUAUAGAAAUGCCAUACGCUUACCAGUGCUGUGCAUUUGGGGGGUGUGAGAAUGUCUAUAAAAUUCCUAAUCAAUGGAACAAAGAUGACAGCAGCAGUGUGGACGACCUUCGUAAGAAAGAUGCUGGCUUAUUUCAAGUUCAAGAUGAGCGGGACCUUGAAGACUUCCUACUUGACUUUGAGGAAGACCUGAAGGUUCUUCACUCCGUGCAGUGCUCACCUCCCCCAGGUCCCUUCAAGCCCUGUGAGCACCUGUUUGGUAGCUGGCUGAUCCGAAUCGGGGUGUGGACCACAGCAGUCCUGGCGCUUUCCUGCAAUGCCUUGGUGGCUUUCACAGUGUUCAGAACCCCUCUGUACAUCUCUUCCAUAAAACUGCUAAUCGGGGUAAUUGCGGUAGUGGACAUACUCAUGGGGGUCUCCAGUGCAAUUCUGGCUGUCGUGGACACGUUCACUUUUGGCAGUUUUGCUCAACACGGUGCAUGGUGGGAAGGUGGAAUUGGCUGCCAAAUUGUUGGUUUUUUGUCCAUUUUUGCUUCCGAAUCAUCGGUCUUCCUGCUCACUCUGGCGGCACUGGAACGUGGUUUUUCUGUCAAGUGCUCUUCAAAGUUUGAAAUGAAAGCUCCCCUUUCUAGCCUGAAAGCGAUCAUUUUGCUGUGUGUCCUCUUGGCCCUGACCAUUGCCACCGUCCCCUUGCUAGGAGGCAGUGAGUACAAUGCCUCUCCCCUCUGCCUGCCCUUACCCUUUGGGGAGCCCAGCACCACAGGCUACAUGGUGGCUCUCGUAUUGCUCAACUCCCUCUGUUUCCUCAUAAUGACCAUUGCCUAUACAAGGCUCUACUGCAGUUUGGAGAAGGGAGAGCUGGAGAACCUUUGGGACUGUUCUAUGGUGAAGCACACUGCUCUGUUGCUCUUCACCAACUGUAUCCUUUACUGCCCCGUGGCUUUCUUAUCCUUCUCCUCUUUGCUAAACCUCACGUUUAUCAGUCCCGAAGUAAUUAAAUUUAUACUUCUAGUGAUUGUCCCACUUCCGGCAUGCCUCAACCCCCUUCUCUACAUUGUCUUCAACCCCCAUUUUAAGGAGGAUAUGGGCAGCCUGGGAAAGCAAACCCGUUUCUGGACAAGAGCAAAACACCCAAGUCUGCUGUCCAUUAACUCGGACGAUGUUGAGAAACGGUCCUGUGACUCAACCCAAGCCUUAGUAUCCUUUACCCACGCCAGCAUAGCCUAUGACUUGCCUUCCGAUUCCGGGUCAUCACCAGCUUACCCAAUGACUGAAAGCUGUCACCUCUCUUCAGUUGCAUUUGUCCCAUGUCUCUAGUUAACAUGAGAGGGGGACGUUUUUAAGAGUUGGAAACCCCGAAAGACAAUUUAUAUCAGAGCGGUAGCUAAGAAAAGCUGAGCUGAAACUUAAAACACAAGCAAGCUUCUCUAAAUUGGUAUGGAAACGCCGAUACCUUACCGACGCCUGAGAGUGACCAUCAGUCUGAACACUGCCUGUAUCAUUUGUUCAGCUAAGAGGUAGAUCCAUCAAGUCACCUAGAGGAACCCAGAUGAGAAAAGCAGACUGAAAUGCUCUUCAGAAAACAUACUCUCUGGUUUUAACUGUAUUCUCUUCAAACUCACCAGCAGAGUCACCAGCACCGGACGGGAAGGUUCGUUGGAUGACGACUCAGUGUCAAUUUAAAUCCACAAAUUCCCUUUUUUUAAAAAGCUAGAGUUAUAAGGAAAUAUAUGGAUUUUUAAUGGGCUACAUUGCCUACAGAGUUUCAGUUUAAUGGCUACACAGAGAUGGUUGUGUGGUUUUGUUGUGGUUUUGUUGUGGUUUUGUUGUUGUUGUUGUUGUUUUUGGGGUUUUUUUGGUUUUUUUUUUUUUUUUUUUUUUUUUUUUGCCUUUUGUCUGAAAGGGUCCUUCCAAGAUACCAGUUUCUUGGAUUGAUAAUGCGAGACAUUUUUUCAUCCAUACAUAAAUUCAAGAUACUGGGUUUUAUAGUAAGCACUCAGUGCAUCCUCCCUUAAUUAAAUAAAACUGGUCACAAGCUUUCGGGAAGGAAUAUUAACUUAAUCGGUUCCUACAGCAGUUAUAUACAGAUAACAUUGGAUUUAUCCUUUAUGAUCCUGCAGCCUAAAGCUCAGAGAGUUCAUACCUACACAAGACAGAGCACAGCUGUAGGGUCUGCAUUUAUUUCUGAGUGGGAGCAGGCUUUUGGCAAGAUGGUUUUUUAUUGCCUCAAAUGGCCGUGCGUUGUAAGACGCUCAAACGCAGGGCCGGAGUCCGGAAGUCCACCGGGUCACACCACACGCCCAUCUCCAGUAGCCCUAGCAACAGUGCCUCACCACACUUUGGACUCAACAGGAACUGGGCCGAGUAAUAUUCCGUGUGUUUAGCUUGGUUUUAGCUGUGUCUUUUUUGGAUCAACCACUUGAUGUGAAGAACAUUAUUUCUCUGCUUAUUCCAUAUUAACACGGGUGUUAGAUGUUUCAAGACAAACUAUUAAAUUUGAAAAGUGAAAAGUUUAUUCUUAACUUCUGUGGUCCUACAUUAGCCUCAUUGCACCCAAACCAAAAGGCCAUCAGGUAGAUUUAUUUUUAUAUAAGCAUGUUUUAUUUUGACCAGAUGUUUUAAUGUGGAAUUUUUUAAAAAAUACAUUUAUGAGAUGUUUUAUAAGAUGUGUACAUAGAGAAUUGUAUUUAUUACUACAGGAAGGAUACAGUGACAUUAAAGAACAUGAAACCCUGUACAGUGGCAUAGUCCCCCAAACAUAUCGUUUCUCCUCCAACUUUCUUUAGAUUCAUUAAUUGUAUAUAAUAUAUGUAAAUACAUAGUGCUUGUAAAUAGAUUCAGAAUUUGCUUUUCUACUGGGCGCAAAAUAAAUUUGUAAUAAAAUGUGUGACUUGCAAAGCAAAA